AUCCUGUCUGUCUUUCCCAAAAUAAGCCAGUGGGAGAGGGAUCGCCAAGUAAGUCAGGGAGAUUGGAGCAGCGAGGUGCACAGCCCCUGGUUAUAAGUCCUGGGAGUGGGAGCCCAGCCUGCUUGGACCCUCAGCCUUUAGCUGCAUAUCCACAGCCUCGCUGCCUGCCUGACUGACUGACUGAGUCUCACUCUACUGCUACUCACUCUCUCUCCCUCUGUCCUGCUCCCUCGCUCCUUCCCUCCUACUUUCCACCCUGGAGAGCGAGAGUGCUCAGAUUGGGAAGGUGCUCCUCAGACCUGCGUCUGGACUGCUUGAAGACGGCACAGAGAGGAUUUUUCCCUCUUCUGUCAUUUGCUCUCUCAUCCGCUCCCUCACUUUCACGAACUCUGCCAAAAAGCACAUGGAUGGACUUCUUCGGUUUUUGCUGGAAACAGAAAAAUAAAAGUUAAACAGACAAUUUGCUCCACCUGCAGUUGAAAUAUCCAAUUUUUUCCACUACCAUAAUUUUUGUUGUUUUUUUAUUUUAUUUUAUUUUUUUUGCAAUUGUGAGUAGCACUGGAACCUUUCAGGGUCCAAGGUUUUUGCCCAGGAGGACACCACUCCUCUUUUUUGGCUGCAUGUUCCUUGAAUAUUUGAUGCCAUUGCAUCCCAUGGGAGACACGCGUGGCUGAAGGAAAGGAGGGAGGUAGAAGAGAGACCCACCUGAAGCUCACACCAACUGUUGCCCUCAGCCAGUGCAACCCCCUGCCCCUCAUCACUCUGAGGAGAGAAAGUUGUUUGUGUGUGACAUCUGAAGCCUGGGCGGUCCGUGACCAUGCUGUUGGCUCCUGUAUGCGUGCUACUGAUGCUGGGGGGGCGUGCUCUUGCAGGAGGCUACCCCCCCAUACCCCACAUGAAGUACAUGCAGCCCAUGAUGAAAGGGCCCAUCGGACCCCCGUUUAGAGAGGGCAAGGGACAUUACGUCGACAUGCCACCCAUGAUGGAAAUAAAGGGGGAACCUGGUCCAGCAGGAAAGCCUGGACCGAGAGGUCCCCCUGGGCCAGCAGGACUUCCAGGAAAACCUGGACUUGGGAAGCCUGGCCUCAAUGGACAGCCAGGGCCUCAGGGACCUCCUGGCUUUCCAGGAAUUGGUAAACCUGGACUUCCUGGUCUACCAGGUAAACUUGGACCAAAGGGGAUGCCAGGACUUAAUGGUGAGGUCGGCCCUCGUGGUGAACCAGGUCCUAGAGGUCCUCCAGGGCAGCCUGGUCUGCCUGGACCUGCUGGUCUAUCUCUAAAUGGGAAACCAGGGCUCCCAGGUACCAGGGGCCCUCCUGGGUCUAAGGGUGAACCAGGAAUAAAGGGCAUUUCUGGCCCACCAGGGGAACGUGGACUUAAAGGUGAGAAUGGAAAUGGGAAGCCAGGGCCUCCAGGUAUAAGAGGUCCACCAGGGCUGAAAGGCAGUCCUGGCCCAUCUGGUCUCCCAGGUAUUGGCAAACCAGGUCCAAAAGGUUUACCAGGAAUACCUGGUUCCAAAGGUGAUCAAGGAUUACCAGGAGACCGAGGUGAACCUGGAGAGAGUGGAGCUCCAGGUCUGCAAGGUCUGCCAGGGCCAGUUGGGUUAGGAAAGCCUGGGAUAGAUGGAUUGCCAGGAGCACCAGGUCUAUUAGGUCCAAAAGGUGAGCAAGGUCAAAGAGGUCUUCCUGGAUUUCCAGGGACUCCUGGCUACGGAAAACCUGGUCUGAUUGGACCAAAAGGAGAUAAGGGACAUGGUGGAUUGCCUGGUCUCCCAGGGGACAAAGGAGAGCAAGGAAUGGUGGGACCAAUUGGGGAACCUGGUCUUGAUGGACAACCAGGACCACAAGGACUUCAAGGCCCAAUGGGACUUCCAGGCAAACAUGGAAUGACAGGACAGAAGGGAGAAUUGGGGCCCCAGGGUCCUCCGGGAUUGCCUGGCCUCAGAGGUGAGCAAGGCCACAGUGGACUCCCUGGAAAACCAGGCAUCCCUGGGGACAAAGGCCUCCCUGGUCUGAAUGGUCCACUCGGGAAACCUGGACCUAAAGGUGAGGCAGGGCAUAUUGGCUUACCAGGAAAUCCAGGACUGACAGGGGCUCCAGGUGCUAAAGGUGAACCGGGGUUUAUGGGCACUCCAGGUCCCAGAGGUCAGUCAGGCAUUCCUGGUCUUCAGGGGCCCAUGGGUCCCAUGGGGCCACAGGGUGCCCCUGGCCCAAAAGGUGAACCUGGACUUCCAGGGCCAGCAGGACUAGGCAAACUGGGUGAGAAGGGAGCUAUUGGUCCCCAAGGUCCUCCAGGGAAACCAGGUCCCGCCGGGCUUAAUGGUAAUCCUGGCCCUCCAGGGCCUCCUGGGCCUCCAGGUCCUCCAGGAAACGGCCAAACAGUUGUUGCUGGGCCAACAGAUUCACAGUUGGAAGGUGAUGAAGUACCAGGGGACAGGAAGGGGCCCGCUUACAGCCAGGUUCCACUCUCGGCCUCUGUCGCUCCAGCCUUCACCGCCAUCCUCACCACACCCUUCCCUCCGUCCGCCAUGCCAAUCAAAUUUGACAGGACCCUGUACAACGGGCAAAACGCCUACAGCUCUUCAACUGGCAUGUUUACUGCUCCUCUCUCUGGUGUCUACUACUUUGCGUAUCACAUGCAUGUAAAGGGAACUAGCCUGUGGGUGGCGCUGUACAAGAACAAUGUACCAGCCACCUACACCUAUGACGAAUACAAGAAAGGCUACAUGGACCAGGCAUCUGGUAGUGCUGUGCUAGAGCUGAAGGAGGGUGACCAGGUUUGGGUCCAGAUGCCCUCGGAUCAGGCAAACGGCCUCUACUCCACCGAGUACAUCCACUCUUCCUUCUCAGGGUUCCUGCUCUGUCCCACAUAACCCUGUCCUUUCACUUCAAACAUGUUCCUGUUUUGGCACCUCAGAGCAGCCCUAAACUAAAACACCUGCAGCCAUAAUAGAAACACAAAAUCCAAAAAAAUCACAAUAUUAUCACUAUCAUCUUUAUCUGACUCACCCUCAACAACAGCAGCAACAGAAAAAAUAAAAACUUUGUGAAUGAAAUAUGGAAAGAUUUAAAAUAGGCAGGGGAAGGAAUUUCAUACUGUGUUUUUGUUUCAGUGUCCUACAAAUGUGUGUUUUGGGUUAUAUUUUAUGUUGGUGUUUUUUUUUUUUUUUUUAGCUUAUAUUAUUUUAAUUAUUAUAUUGUCAUAAUUUUAUUGUUAUUUGAUAUUAUUUGAUCCUUGUCAUUGUUGUUGUUUAUUGGAUUCAGACUAUUAAGUGCCUUACUUUGUAAUGUGCUAGUAACAGACCUUCCCAUGUGACUGCACAUCCUGCCCACAUGCUCUGACAUCAGAAGGAUAACAUCGCCUGACCCCCUGGGGGGCAAGAUCGGUUCCUCUGGCUGCAGUCAGUCCCCUUUGUCAUCUUACUCAAACAGUUAGCAGCAAUACUCACAUAAAGAGCAACUAUACAACAUAGAAUCCAUAGAAUAGAAUAGAAAAAACAAGGUAUUCGGUGCUGUAGUAACAUUACUUUACACUUUUCUUUUUGGUACUCCUAAAUAUUGCUAUUGAUUUGAAAUUAUUAACAAGAUCGAAUAUUUGUUUUAGAUUGAGACAUGUAUUUUGACAGUUGCCACAGUCAUCUGUUUGGUGCUUAUUUUUUUCUGCUUCUUUCUGAAUUAAGCCGCUGAACAUUGAAAUUUAUGGGUCUUCGUGUUUCUUAUAAUUUAUUGAUUUUCCCAAAAUACAAACAGUCCAACCCUAAAAUGACCACACAGUAUUAAAGUAAUUGUUCAAUUGAAAUCACCCUGUUAAAAAG